AUGAGUCAAGCAAUAGUGCUCUCUCUCUCUCUCUCUCUCUCUCUCUCUCUCUUGUUAUUCUUCUCUCUCUCUCUCUCUCUCUCUCUCUCUCUCUCUCCUUUUGCUUUCUUUUUCUCCCCAAUUUCAUCUUUGCUCUCAUCUCACUUUCUUUCUUCCCUUGACUCAUCUUUUAAUUUUCUAUUACUUUUUCUCUUCCUCUUUGUAUCCUCAAAAGCUCCAUUUCCUUUUCUUUCCCCUCCCGCUCCCAUUCCUUCUUUCUCAUUGGUUUCCUCUCUACAUCUAUCCCCCUUUUUUUCAAUUUUAGUUUUUCAUUUGACACCGUCUCUCCUUCCAUCAUUCUCUAUCGUCUCUCCACUACAUUUAUCUUCCUCACUUCCUUUUUUCAAUUAUAGCUCUUCAUUUCCUCCCCCAACUCUCCUAUCAUUCUCUUUCGCUUCCUCUCUCCAUCUAUCCUUCUCUCUCUUUUUUUUUUCAAUUUUAGCUCUUCUUUUCUCUCCCUCUCUUCUUCUUGCGUUCUGCUUCGUUUCCUUUCUACCUCUAUCCUCCUCUCAUUUUAAAAAUUAUUUCUUUUCCUCUCUUCUUUCUUAUUUCUCCUUCGUUUCCUUUCGACAUCUAUCCUCCUCUCUUCCUUUUUUUAAUUAUAGCUCUUCUUUUCUCAACUCUCUCCUUCCAUCUUUCUCCUUCCCUUCCUCUCUACAUGUAUCCUCUUUCUUUUUUCAAAUUUUAUCUCUUCUUUUCUUUCCCUCUCUACUUCCUUUUUUCUUUUUUUCUUUUCUCUUUCACUCUUCUUCCUUAUUUCUCCUUCGUUUCCUUUCGACAUCUAUCCUCCCAUUCUUUUUUGACAAUGGAUGCAACAUAAUAAUGAUUUCUCUAGUUCAUAUUCGUCUGCAGUCAAAAACCAGUUUAUCCCAUUUAGAUAAGCGUCCUUUUUUUUCUAUUGCUUUUCUCCCUCUCUUCCCCUCUCUCUCUCUUUCGCUCUCUCUUUCUUUCUUUUUCUCUGUGUUUCUCUCUCUGUCUCUGUCUGCUUCUCUCUCUUUCUGUGUGCUUCUCUCUAUUUAUGCGUGCUUCUCUCUGUGCUUCUCUCGCUUUCAGUACUUCUCUCACUCUCUGUGUUUCUUUCUCUGUGCAUCUUUUUGUAUCUGUGUGUAUGUGCUUCUCUCUCUCUCUGUCUCUCUCUGUCCCUGUCUCUCUGUCUGUGUGCUUUUCACUCUCUCUCUUUCUCUUUCUCUCUCUCUCUCUUUCUCUUUCUCUCUCUCUCUUUCUCUCUCUGUGCUUAUUUCAUUCUUCCUCGCUUCCUCUCCUUCUGCUUCUUUUGAAACUGUCCGUCCACCACCAUUGCUCUGUCUUCUGAAGUAUCUACAAAAUUGCUUUUCCAUAAUAAUUACCAACAAUACACUGCUGGCAUUUUUAUUUCUUUUUUGUGUUCUUUAUGUUUUCAUUUAUUUGUUGGCAUUAAUCGCUUCUUCUUUUAUUCUUUCUUUCUUUCUUUCUUUCUUUCUUUCUUUCUUUCUUUCUUUCUUUAUUUCUCUCUUUAUUUCCACUCUCUUUCUAUUUCCUUUCCUCAUUCCCUCUCUUUCUCUUUCGUUCUUUCUUUCUUGCUUCCACCUUUUUCUCUUUAUUUCUUCCAAGCGUCUUGUCUUCCUUUUCAUUCUUUUUUUAUUACGCUUUCUUUCUUUCUUUCAAUUUUCGUCUUUGUCCAUUUCAUUCUAUUCUAAUUCCAACUUUUUUCUUCCAUAUUUUAGGUCUCUUUUUCAUUCAUUUUUCGUUUUCCUUCUUCUAGUCUAUAAUUAUUUCAUUCGUUUUCUCCCUUUUUCUUUCCUUCACGAUUCCAAUAUUUCUCUUUCAUUCUACUUUACUUCUGCUUGCUUUCUUUCAUUGUUCUAA